CACAGUUCAAAAAUAUACAAUCGAAAAUGUAUCGUUCAGCCUACCAGAAAGGGUUUCUAACCGUGCUGUACAGCGUGGGCAGCUCGCCCCUUACCAACUGGUCCUCCUAUACAAAGAACGGUUACAUAAAGCGGAUUUACGAUGAGGACAUCAAGUCUCUGGUUCUCGAGAUCAUGGGGUCCAACGUCUCCACCACUUUCAUACACUGUCCCAGCGAGUGCAAGGAGCAGCUGGGCAUCAAGCUGCCGUUCCUAGUGCUUCUGAUAAAGAAUAUGCACAAGUACUUCUGUUUCGAAGUUAAGAUUCAAGACGAUCAACGCUUUAUGCGACGCUUCCGAGUGUCCAAUUUCCAGAGCAAGACAUCUGUGAAACCAUUCUGUACGGCUAUGCCGAUGGGCAUGUCCCCAGGUUGGAAUCAGAUCCAGUUCAACCUAGCCGACUUUACGCGCCGUGCCUAUGGGUCCAACUACUUGGAGACGGUGUCUUUGCAGCUGCAUGCCAACGUUCGCAUCCGCCGCAUCUACUUCGCCGACAAGCUCUACACAGAGGCAGAGUUGCCAAAUGAUUACCGUCUAAUGGGCAAGCCCAAAGAUCUUAAGAAGCCGGAGAAGCAGUUCAAGGUCCAGGCCACCGCCCGUCCUCCGUCUCCUUUGAACACGGCUCGCGGCGAAGCAGGCCCAUCGAAAAAUGCUGAGUCAGAUGCUGCAGGACCACCCACAGAUGCACCUAGUGAGCCGGAGCCGAUGUUACAGAAAUCUCCCUCGCCACCUGUGCUGCAGAAGGCUCCGUCGCCACCGGUAUCCGCUCCGUCAGAGCCCGCAGCCGAGGAGCCAGCUCCACAAACAGAGGCCACCGAAGAGGCCUACUACUAAGUUAUUUUCUACUUUGUUCUUUUUUAUUAUUCAGUUAACACGCGACUGGGAGUGGGUCAUCUUUAAAAUUUUCAGUCAUAGACAAGUCCAGAGCUAUUGGAAUCAAAAUUAUGAUUUUUGUAUAUUUUCUGGGGAACAAGAUGAUUUUAAUCAGUUUAAAAAUGUUUAUUAAAUGCCUCUUACAAUGCAA